AUGAUACGAUCAACUAUCGAAUUCCUGGAGAUGCUAUGGACAGACCUAACACAAGAGAAAAUUUCACGUAUUGUCUUUACCUCCUGCUGCUUACUAUUUGGACGACUACUAUGGGCCAUUUAUUUGUAUCCAUUGUACUUUAGCCCUUACCUCGCUCUCCCACAAGCCAAGCUGACAUCAGAACAGCAGCGCAAAUCAUGGAUAGGCAUCAUGCUAGAGCCGCUCCAAAACGGUGACAAGGUUCUCGAAUAUGUUGACAACACGCCCAAUCAAGGCAUUUUUCGCGCACUCAACCUACUUAAUAAAGAAGUGCUGGUGAUAACGCGCCCGGAAUUUAUCAAAGAGAUUCCCCAGACGAACGUGUAUGACUUUCGCAAAAUGGCGAAUGUGCAGAAUUUUAUGAAGGUCCUGCUUGGUGAUGGCCUACUCACUGUAGAUGGCGAAGAGCACAAGCAACAACGCAAAGCACUAAAUCCAGCAUUCUCCGCUAAACAUGUUCAACAACUGUAUUCUGUCUUUUAUUCCAAGACACGCGAGAUGGUAUCUUGUAUCAAAGAAGAGAUGGAUACCUCACACGCCCAGCAAGGGAUCGCUGUGGACAUAACUGCGUGGGUUAACAGAGCCGCUUUGGACAUCAUCGGGACUGCGGCGCUCGGAAUUGAUUUCAAUUCCCUAGCAGAUCCGACCAAUGAACUGAGUCGUGCUUACCAAGCCAUCUUCGAGCCUGACAAUACCUCGAACAUUAUAUUCUUGCUCUCAAUAUUUUUCACGACGUGGACAGUCAAGCUGCUACCGCUGAAGAAGGCGCGCGAGGUUCGAGCAGGCUCUGCGUUUGUGAAGAGAUAUAUUGAAGAAGUGAUGACCCGAAAAGUCCGGGAGAAUGACGAUAAUAAAGACACUUACAAAGAUAUUCUUUCAGUGGCGUCUCAGUAUGGCAAGUUAUCAACGAAUGAUCUUGUCAACCAAGCGCGGACUUUUCUGGUGGCGGGGCAUGAAACCACAGCGACGGCAAUGCAAUGGGCGCUUUACACGUUGACCAGGCCAGAGAACCUUCAGGUCCAGCAACGCCUACGAGACGAAAUCCACAAACAGCUGCCCCCUCUUGACUCGGAACAGGAAAUAUCAGCGUACACACUUGGCAAGAACAUGCCGUACCUUGACGCUGUGAGCAAAGAGUGUCUAAGGAUCUAUGGGCCUUCUCCAUUCUCCAGGCGAACGGCCGUAAAAGACACUGUACUCUGCGGUAUUCCCAUCAGGAAAGGCACAAACUUUCUUAUUCCGAACUGGGCCAUCAACAGGUCGAAGAAGCUUUGGGGAGAGCGUGCGAGGGAGUUCGACCCGGAAAGGUGGCUUCAUGGCAACGAAGCUCCGAAUGGAGGCGCUGAUGCUCUGGCCUUCCAGACAUUUUCAUCUGGCACCAGGGGUUGCAUUGGAAAAAGCUUCGCGUUGGCAGAGUUUAAGAUAAUGUUGGCUGGCCUUGUGGGCAGCUUUGAGAUUGCCAAAGUAGCAGACGAGAAAGAGGUAGAAACAGAAUGGGCAAUCAUUGCUCGGAUAUACAAUGGGUUCAAGGUUGAUCUGAAGCCAGUAAGCAACUGGUAA